AGACUAGACUAGAAGAAGCAAGUGCAGCAAGAAGAAGACACAGAACUUGAUCCAAUCAUUGCCUCAUUGAUCGUGUUUAUUGUUUUGUCUUCAGAAGAUUUUCUAGUUUACGAACGUGGCCAGUGCACCUAAAGUCCCCUCAAAAAAGAAGCUGUUGGUAGAUGGCUAUAUUUUCGUUUAAUUGUGAAAAUGGUGUACCAAAACACUGGAAAGUAUAGGGCAGAUAAGAGCAGCAAAGAGAAAAGUGCAGGUGGGAAAGAAGAUUUGGCUGAAUCUCGCAUAACAAGAGUAAAUGAAAACAAAGCUAUUGACGAGAAAUAUGGAUUUUUCACACCUAAAGAAUCAGGGGAAAAAAUUGGAUACCUUGUCAACAUGCACACAACUGAGAUAUUUGAUGCUGCUCAGCAGCUAAUCAGUGCCGUUGAUUACUAUUUUGUGCAAGAGGAUGGUUCACGUUUCAAAGCCUCACUUCCUUUCAAACCUUACUUUUACAUUUUGCCAAAGAAAGAAUGCAUUCAAGAAGUUUCUAGCUUUCUUGGUAAAAAAUAUGCUGGAAUCAUUGCUAGUAUAGAGCAGUGCUCUAAGGAGGACUUGGAUUUGUCAAACCAUUUGGUUGGUUUGAAGCAGACCUAUUUGAAACUGUCAUUUUUGUCUGUGACGGAUCUGAUGAAAGUGAGAAAAGAAAUAAUGCCUCACGCCCGGAAAAACAGCUCUCAAACUAAUUCAGCUUAUUCGGAAAUGAUGGCAAAGUUUCAAAACGAAGCAGCGCAAGAAGAAUCAGACAAGAAAGUGGGAGAUACAAUGGAUAACAUCAUAGACAUUCGAGAAUAUGAUGUUCCGUACCAUAUCCGCGUUUCAAUUGACAUGAACAUUUGUGUUGGGUUGUGGUACGCAAUUAAAUUUAAAGGAUCCGAAACAAUUUCAAUCACUCGCCGUGAAGAUAUCAUCGAUACCCCUGACACAAUUGUACUAGCUUUUGAUAUCGAAACCACAAAAUUGCCCUUGAAGUUUCCUGAUCCCGCAACUGAUCAAAUUUUUAUGAUAUCGUACAUGAUAGAUGGACAGGGUUACUUGAUAACUAAUCGAGAGAUUGUUGCAGCCGACGUUGAAGAUUUUGAGUACACACCUAAACCUGAAUUUGAAGGACCCUUUAUCAUUUUCAAUGAGCCAAAUGAAGUUUCCCUCAUUCAGCGAUUCCUGGACCAUGUCAUCGAAGUAAAGCCUCACAUCAUCGUCACUUACAACGGCGACUUCUUCGAUUGGUCCUUUGUUGAAGCUCGUGCCACUUUCCAUGACAUGAAUGUAGCUAAAAUGACUGGCUGGGAGCGUGACAAGGAAGGUGUUUACAGUUGCCGCCCUUCGAUUCAUAUGGAUUGCUUCAAUUGGGUUAAACGUGAUUCCUACUUACCCGUUGGUUCACAAAACUUGAAAGCCGUAGCAAAGGCCAAGUUGCGCUACGAUCCAGUGGAAUUGGAUCCAGAAGAUAUGUGCCGCAUGGCAGCAGAACAGCCUCAAGUUAUGGCCAAUUAUUCGGUUUCUGAUGCUGUUGCCACGUAUUAUCUUUACAUGAAAUACGUUCAUCCCUUCAUCUUUGCUUUGUGUACCAUCAUUCCUAUGGAGCCGGACGAAGUGUUGCGAAAGGGAUCGGGCACAUUGUGUGAAUCACUUUUGAUGGUAGAAGCCUUUCGUGCCAACAUCAUUUUCCCGAACAAACAAGUUUCUUUGCUUCAAAACUGGACUGAUGACGGCCAUCUUCUCGACACAGAAACCUAUGUCGGUGGCCAUGUCGAAGCUCUAGAGUCAGGUGUUUUCCGCUCAGACAUCCCUUGUCGAUUCCGAUUAAUCCCUCAAGCCUUUGAUUCCCUUAUUGAAGGAAUUGAGCGUACCAUUAAGCAUGCAGUCGAAGAGGAAGAACACGUUCCUAUUGAGGAGGUCACCAAUCUGGAUGAAGUUAUAGACGACAUAAAAGAAAAACUUUGCAGUCUUCGAGAUGCACCAAACCGAAUCGAGUUACCUGUAAUUUAUCACUUGGAUGUCGGCGCUAUGUAUCCCAAUAUCAUCUUGACAAAUCGUCUCCAACCUUCGGCAAUGGUAGACGAAAGCGUCUGUGCAUCCUGUGAUUUCAAUCAGCCUGAAGCCCAGUGUCAACGUAACAUGUCAUGGAUGUGGCGUGGUGAUUUCAUGCCAGCUACUCGGGGUGAGUUUCAACGAAUCCAGCAGCAGUUGGAAAAUGAAAAGUUUCCACCCGUCAUCCCUGGUAUGCCCACAAGAGCUUUCCAUCAACUUCCCCGCGAAGAACAGUCGGCCAAAGAGAAGCAGCGUUUGUCCGAAUACUGCCGCAAAGCAUACAAGAAAGUUCGUGUAACGCGCACUGAAGAGAGACAACAAACAGUUUGUCAAAAGGAAAACAGCUUUUAUGUUGACACCGUUCGAGCCUUCCGUGAUCGACGAUAUGAAUAUAAAAAUCUGAAUAAGACUGCCAAGAAGCAAAUCGCCGAAGCAAUUGCGCUUGGGGAUGCCGGUGAAAUUAAAUCGGCUAAAAAUCGUGAAGUGCUUUACGAUUCCCUACAGCUUGCUCACAAGUGUAUUUUGAACUCCUUCUACGGUUACGUCAUGCGAAAAGGAGCCCGUUGGCACAGUAUGGAGAUGGCUGGAAUUGUGUGUCACACUGGCGCUGGCAUCAUCCGGAAAGCUCGAGAGCUAAUCGAACAAGUUGGUCGACCGCUUGAACUGGACACAGAUGGUAUUUGGUGUAUGUUACCGUCAUCUUUUCCGGAAAACUACGUGAUCAAGACCUCAAGUCUCAAGAAACCCAAGAUUACGAUAUCCUAUCCAGGAGCUGUAUUAAAUGUGAUGGUGAAAGAUGCCUUUACAAACAACCAGUAUCACGAGUUGGUAGACCCAGAAACUUUGAGCUACGUCCAGCGUGACGAAAACUCGAUUUUUUUCGAAGUUGACGGUCCGUAUCUAGCGAUGAUUUUACCUGCGUCGAAAGAAGAAGGCAAAAAGUUAAAGAAACGAUACGCCGUUUUCAACUUUGACGGCAGUCUUGCCGAAUUAAAAGGAUUCGAAGUGAAACGUCGUGGAGAACUUCAGCUCAUCAAGAUUUUCCAAUCGUCUGUGUUUGAAGCGUUUCUCAAAGGUGAUACUCUGGAAACAUGCUACCAGGCUGUGGCUAAAAUUGCAGAUUACUGGCUUGAUGUGUUAUAUUCAAAAGCCGAAAACCUCCCUGAUUCCGAGCUAUUUGAGCUGAUUACCGAGAAUCGAUCAAUGUCACGAAAAUUAGAAGAAUAUGGUGGUCAAAAAUCAACAUCCAUCAGCACAGCUAAACGUUUGGCAGAAUUUUUGGGUGAUCAGAUGGUAAAAGAUGCUGGGUUAAGUUGUCGCUUCAUCAUUUCAAAGAAACCAGAAGGUGCCCCUGUUACGGACAGAGCUAUUCCGUUGGCAAUUUUUCAAUCUGAGCCCAGUGUUAAACGCCAUUAUUUGAAAAAAUGGUUAAAAGACAAUUCCAUGACGGAUUUUGACAUUCGCACAAUUUUAGAUUGGAAUUAUUACAUCGAACGUCUUGGAGGUUGUAUCCAAAAAAUCAUUACUAUCCCUGCCGCCUUGCAAGGCGUGGCUAACCCUGUACCCAGGGUCCAACAUCCGGAUUGGCUUCACAAGCGAAUGCUAGAAAAAAAUGACGUUCUAAAGCAGCGACGGAUCAAUGAAAUUUUUAAGGUGUCUAUCAAGCCAGUUGGUGGCGAUUCUAACUCGCAAGAUUUGGGAGAAGUGGGUGACAUAGAAGAUUUGGGUGGAAGCAAAAAUACCGAAAACAAUCGACCUACGGUGACUUCGAAAAGGAAACGAGGCUCCAGCGAGUCAGCUAAUGAAUUGGAUAAGAAUUGGCGAGAAAUCCUCGGUCCUCCACCACCGAUGGGUAAACCUGGAGAAGAGCGUGAAAUUUGGAUUCGCUAUCACAAAAAGAAGUGGGCUAUUCAGUUGAAACAGCGAGCAGCCCGUCGAGGUAGAGAACAAAACAGCAACACUGGAUCAGCUUCCGUCUCGACUUUUGGAGGAAAUUCUGGAGCUGGAGUUUUAAGAACCAAUUUGGGUGGAUUCUUGCGACGCGCACAACAAACCCUUUUGUCAUCCAUGUGGCAAAUUUUGCAGGUGAUGGAAACAUCACAGCCGGGCAUGUUUCGAUUGUGGGCGUUGGUUGGAAACGAACUUCAUCAAAUUCGGUUAACUGUGCCGCGUAUUUUUUAUUUGAAUAAGAAGAAACCUUUGGAAAAAGAAGCUAGUAGUGAGUCAGCUGUCUGGCGAAAAGUUAAUCGGAUACUUCCUCGCUCUCACCGUGUCUAUAAUCUGUACGAAUACAGCGUUCCCGAAGAAGUUUACCAGCAAAAUUUCAAUCAGUUAAUGGCUGAUCUGUCCACUUCAGACAACGCUGGAAUUUAUGAAACCCAGGUGCCACUUGAUUUUCGUGUGCUAGUCCAGCUCGGAUGUGUUUGUGCCGUCGAUCGGAGUCAGCGUUACACGCCCACCGGAGAUACCGAAAGUUUCAGCCUGUCGCAGUUGUCGUUCAAAACGUUGGCGCACCAUCCGUAUUUAGAAUCGGGAAUUGAAACGCUCAAGUAUCUAUACAUCUACCAUUACAAAAGUGGAAAUAAAGUCAUGUUGGUGCUAUUUUCUCCACCAGCCAAAAAGGUCAACUUUUUUGUCGUUGACACUGUGCGGACCAACCAAAUGCCGAAUUUAGUUAAUCUUUAUAAUGAGGAGCGGCUUAAAAAGCUAUCGCAGGCUGACGUUGUCGAGAGUUCCGUGCCCGCUAGAGAUUAUUCAUUUUCAAUUCAAGUGGAGACAGAUAUUCGCCAAGUCUACCGUCAAAUGAAUCGUUUACUGCAAACGUACAAAGAUGAGAAACGAGGACCAACUUUUGUGGCUAUUCAGUCUCCCCAAGAUCUUCAUACGACUGCAUCGCAAAUUCAAACACUUAACGAAUUCCCGCUAGUUCCCAUCCAUAGUACUGAUCCCGACGGAUUAUACAAUGUGCUCGACUGGCAGAGAGUGGGCUCAAAAGUUUGCUUGCGUCAUUUCCUGCGUUUACGCACUGUCCUCGACGCUAAUCUGGAACAGUGUCGCUACUUCCACAUUCCUAUUGGAAAUUUGCCCUCCGAUGCCAAUCUUUUCGGUGCCGACCUCUUCUUCGCCCGCCAUUUAAUUCGAAAUAAUUGUAUUCUUUGGUGUUCACCGACUGAAAGACCUGAUCUGGGUGGCAAAGAGGCUGAUGACAAUCGGCUUGUAACGGAAAUUGAAGAUGCCACAACUACACUAGUCGUCAACAACCCCGGAGUAUACACCAAUGUCUGUGUCGAGAUGGACGUGGAUGCGUUAGCCGUUACUACUCUACUUCAGUCACAUCAAGUCUUGGACGUUGAAGGCACAAGCUCAAGCACUGCUUUCGAUGUUCCCCAAGUAUCGCUAAAGGACAUGCUCAAUGAUAAUCAUACUGCAGAACUUAGCAGUUACAGCGAAUCAGCCAUGUGCGUGACAGUCUUUCGAGUUCUCAAGUCAGUCGUAGCAUCUUGGCUGCGAGAUAUUUCCGUACAUCGCAAUGUCUUCGCUGACUUUCAAGUUAUCCACUUCUACAGAUGGCUGCGCAGCCCCACUGCCUUGCUCUAUGACCCUGCAUUGCGCCGUAUGUUGCAAAACCUCAUGCGCAAGUACUUCGUUCAACUGUUGGCCGAAUUUCAAAGACUUGGAGCUACUGUCGUCUACGCCGAUUUCGGCCGUAUCGUUCUAGGCACUAAAAAGCGACGCAUUCCUGACGCUUUGUCAUAUGUUAGCUUUGUUUGUGCAAGUUUGCAUCAGAAAGAACUCUUUCGCAGUCUGGAACUCAACGUUCAACAUUGUUGGCAGCUACUCGUGUGGCUCGAUCCUGCCAAUUACGGCGGAGUCAAAGGAAAAUCAGAUUCAGAAAAGGAAAAUGAAGAAAAUAACGAAGACCGCAGUUUUGUAGAGGACGAAGAAGAAGAAAGCACUGCUGUCGAAAUGAACUGGGAUGUUGUUAAAUACUUUCCCGAAGAGCCGCCCUGUCAAGAAUAUUUCAACACUGUGAUUGCCACUUAUAUUUCGGCCAUUCACGACCACUUGGCCGAAACAUACGGUGAUCGCAUACCCGGUGCAACUCCAGUGCGACGAAUCCGUUCUUCACAAACGCAGCGUAGUAAAGUUGGCCCUACUCCAGAUUCGCUUAAAGAAUUUACGCGUGAGCUGGUUGACCAGGAAAUCGCCCAGCAUUUGUUCCGCGUUGUUCAAAAACUUCACAAACAGCUUCAAGGACACCACGGAAGCGAAAAUGGAUUGAGCAAUCCUUCUCUUGAAUUCGUUAAAGCUGUUUGUCGCGUGUUUCAGCUGGAUGUCAACAUCGUCGAUGAAGUCACUCGACUGAGAAGGAAUCUCCUCAAACUUAUUGGAGUAGGGGAAUUCAGUCAAGAAGCUGAUUGGAAGGAUUCGUGCCUUUCAUACGUUUUACCCGAAGUUAUCUGUCCUACCUGCAAUCAUUGCCGAGAUAUUGAUUUAUGCAGAGAUCCGCACGAGUCAGAAGAUCGUGGAAUACCUACGUGGCAAUGUCCGCUUUGUAAAUCGAGCUAUGACAGUACUGAGAUUGAAUCUAUGCUGCUGGACGUCGUGAACCGCAAAACCAUGAGCUUUGUAUUACAGGAUCUACAGUGCAAGAAGUGUAAACAGAUAAAACGAGAAAACUUAUCUCAGUUUUGCUCGUGCGCCGGCGAAUUUCAGCUGUUACAAUCUUCUACGGGCUUGUUGCAGACUUUGUCAAUUUUUGAGCGCGUGAGCAAGAAAUUUGGGCUCACGCUUCUUCAUGAAACCGUAGAGCAAUUGUUGAAAAUGAAUCAAAAGUCGAUCAAGUAA